CGCAAGUAUGGUGGCCGAGAGAGAAGCAAGAAAACACGCUUUAGCUGUUCUUCCUGUAAAAUAAAAAAGUUUUGGGAUUGUUGCCCUAAAAUUUGGGAGAUUUGCCGGUAGCAAGUGAUCCUCCAGGCAUGGCGCAAGUCGCGAUUGACGCCAAUGGCGUGGAAUCCGCGAAGAAGAACCGGAUUCAGGUGUCCAAUACCAAGAAGCCGCUCUUCUUCUAUGUCAAUCUCGCAAAGAGAUUUAUGCAGCAAUACAAUGAGGUUGAGCUCUCGGCCCUGGGAAUGGCAAUCGCUACAGUGGUCACCGUGGUGGAAAUUCUCAAGAACAAUGGUCUCGCCGUGGAGAAGAGAAUAUCGACCUCCACCAUCGACAUAGGCGAUGAAACUCGGGGACGAUCAGUCCAGAAAGCGAAGAUGGAAAUCGUUCUCACAAAGUCUGCACAGUUCGACGAGAUCAUGGCGGCCGCGGCUGCGGAUGAAAACGGAGGUGCGCCCGAGCAGGCGGAAGCAGAGUGAGAAGAAAACGAUCCAAACAACAAAAGAGGCUUUGUAUUUUGAAUUUUGUGUGGUAACUUUUUGCUAAUAGCUGUUUUUCUUCGAUCA